AUGAAACCAGAAUGCUUGUCCAAAGAUCAGAACGGUUUGAUGGACCAAGAAGUCAAUCAUAAAUCUCUCUGGUCUUCGAUUCACAAACAUGCACAAGUUCAAGCAAAUUCAGUUGCUUGCUCACAGGAGGAUAAAGCCUUGAGUUAUGGAAGACUCGAGAUCGUCUCUUUAUCCCUGGCUGCGCUGUUUCAUUCGUUUGGAAUUAGGGCGGGCGACACGGUUCCCGUUUUUGUUUCCAGAAGUCUGGAGGCUGUAGCCACAAUUGUGGCACUGCUAAGACUCGGUGUUUGCUUUGUUCCGAUGGACGGGGAAUCUUGGAGCCAAUCCAGAGUUGAUUCCGUGUUGCGGGCCAUCGAGCCGAAGAUUGUUAUCACGGCUCAGUGGACUGACCUUCGAGCGAACGAUACCCCCGUUAUUACAAUGCGGGAGAUUCAAAAAGCAUUCGAGGAGCAACAACCGGAUUCUCACACAGACUUGAUGGCGGGGGAUAUCGAUUGUGCAGGGAGCCCAGAAGAGCCAGUCUAUAUAAUAUUCACGUCUGGAACAACUGGAACCCCCAAGGGGGUAAUGAUUUCUCGCAAAUCCGUUGAGAACUAUGUCACACAAGGCCUGGAUCGCGGGAUGCCUUUCAAUUUGGGAGUUCGCAAUCAUGAUAAGGUUCUGCUUUUAUUCUCUUUGGCCUUUGAUGCGGCUUGGGGUGUCUUCUUUAGCACCAUCUGUCAUGGUGCUCAUCUCGUUCUCUCAGAGCCUCGAAAUGUAUUGGAGGAUGCAAAGAGAUGCACCAUUCUCCCUGCGACACCAUCACUCCUAGCUACCCUCGGAGACCCCGCGCAAUAUAAAAACAUCAAGUCAAUAUUUCUUGGCGGGGAAUCACCAAAUGCGACAGUUCUACAAAUGUGGUGGAAUGAAGGGAGAUCAAUCUACAAUUGUUAUGGACCAACAGAAGCAACCAUCUGUGCAAGUAUGGCUGAGAUAAGACCUGGUCGGUCUAUAAAUAUAGGCAAAGCGAUGUCCAAAACGCAGCUCUUGAUCUUAAAUGACCAACGGGAAGAGUGUGACGAAGGGGAGCUUCACAUCAGUGGACCUGGUCUCGCGAUUGGGUAUUAUAAUAAUGAGAAUCUCACAAGCGAGAGAUUCUUCGAAUGGAAUGGGCUUCGAAUUUAUGCCACUCGUGAUCGAGCUCGUCGAAGUCCAGAAGGAAUCAUCUUCUGUGGCCGAGAAGACAGCAUGGUCAAGAAUAGAGGCUAUUUGGUCAAUCUUGAAAUGGAUGUCAUUCCCAUUUUGGAAUCAUAUCCAGGAGUCCAUGCUGCUGCUGCCUUCAUGCAUCAAGGUAAACUGAUCGGGGCGGUAGCCCCCGAGAUUGCCGAUGUAGCUGAGAUGCGCCUUCACUUGUCCGCGAACCAUGAUCAGUUCGUCGUGCCUGAUCAGAUCUUGGCGUACAAGGAGCUUUGUCGAACGUCAAAUGGCAAGAUUGACAUACAAGCAUUGAGGAAUAUUCUCCUUUCUACCAAUCCUUCUGAUCUCAUUCCCAUUGAGAACUCCCCUUGUACGAAAUUGCAGGAGGCGGUUGCUGAGACUCUAGGUCUUGCCAUUUCAUCUGUGUCAAUGGAACGCAGCUUUUGGGAGCUCGGAGGCAACUCUCUCUUGGCAAUUAAAUUGAUCUCGUCUCUGCGACAAAAAAGGCAAACACUUCAGUUUCAUGAGAUACUUCAUCCAACUGCCUUGUCAGUACUGUCUAAAAGGGCAAAGCCAGUUGAAGUAAACGAUAUCACCCCCAAACUCCCGUCUCCAAUCACUACAAGCCAAAUGGGAAUGAUCAGAUCAUCAAUCCGACAUUCUGCAACGAGCUACAUGCUAGUACGCAUUGAAUUACCCUGGAAGCCCGAAACAGGAUAUAGCAGUCGGAUUAGAGCUGCAUUUGAAACCGUCAUGAAAAGACAUACCAUUUUUUCAACUUACUUCGACAUGGCUGAUGGAACCCAAAAGCUUGACCCAAACUAUCAGCACGACUGGCAAGAGCAGCUUCUGGCUCAUGAUGAUAUAUCUGCUGCUGUCAAGAGCGAGGCUGCUCGUUUGUUUGAAUCCACCCAGCGAAAAAAUGACGAUCACAUGUAUAGCCCAGUGAACUCUUUCCGGCUCAUUGUAAACCAAAGCGCAAUAGAGGGUAAUCUAUUAUGGCUUGUUCAUCACACUCGUGUUGACGGAUGGUCUAUGGGUCUUGUCAUACAAGAAGUUCAAGAUGUUUUGCAUGGCAAGAAUUUGUCUUUGGAUCCCUCGCAGUUUUUGAAAAUAGCGAUGGAUCUUCCGCAGCAUCUUAAUCUAUCGCACCAAGAAGGAAUGCUGUUUUGGAAGGAAGCGAUGUCGAAGGUAACCGAGGCCACUCGGUUGAAACUACCAAAGCCAAUUGGAAACACAGAGGGAAGACAAUUGGGAGAGACAGAGAUAACAAUCAACCUUGGAAUACCGCAAAUUGAACAAAUUUGUCGUAUCAAUGGAGUAUCAUCUGCAACUGUGAUAUACACCGCAUGGGCCCUUCUUCUCAAGUCUUACACAGCGCAAGAGCAGGUUGUUUUCGGAACAGUCUUUUCUGGACGCCAUUUACCCCUUCCCGGAAUCGAAGCGGUUGUGGGACCUGUGAUCAACAGCUGCCCAUUACCAGUGUGCUUGACUGGGCUCAGCACAAAAGCUUCGCUUUUGAAAUAUGUGCAAGAGCUAGGACUGCAGGCUAGUUCUCACCAGUGGUCUGCCACAGAAGCGCUCCAAGAGAUUGUACAAGGGGCUCACUCACAAGCCUUCCAAACGAUGCUAUUUUUGGAAUAUGAUCUUCCAGGCUUCACAAACGGAGAUUGGAAGUUCACUCGGACUGAUAUCUCUGAAUUUGGGCUCACGAUUCUUGUUAGGCGGGAAAGCGAAAAUCUCGCACUCAAAGCCAUAUUUGAUCAGAACAUGUAUACCGAGCCCGUGAUGGAGAGAAUGAUGACCCAUUUCCGGAAUUUGUUCCUCGCCAUGCUUGAUCCAACAUGUGAGACCGUGGCGCAGACACGUAAAAGAAUGCUUGAGCCUUGCGAGGCUCUCUCUCUGACAGCUCCAUCGCCAGAUCUGUUGACUCCUUAUCUUGGUCCUUCAAACCUCAAGGAGAGCUUCGAGAAGGGCGUUGACCAGUGGCCGAAUAAUGUGGCAAUUGAGUCUGGUACUCGAAAAAUAACGUACCGAGACCUCGAUUUGCAGGCAAAUAAUUUUGCCAGAGCUGUCCUAACCAGAGUGACACCAGGAAGUGCCGUUGGAAUAGUCAGUGACCGCAGUGUAGAGUGGCUCGUGGCCGUCAUCGGUGUCAUAAAAGCGGGUGCCAUUUAUGUUCCACUGGAUACGAAACUGCCGCUCGAACGAAUGCAAAUCAUGACCCAAACUGCUGAUGUGCAAGUUUGUGUAUUUCCGAAUGAGAUAUGUUACGCCAAAUUCAGCGAGGUGUUUUCUGGAGAGAAACUCCUAUCGAAGUCAAUACGGACUUCCCAGGAAUGCGCUCGACUGGAAACAAGCCCAAACCCUACGGAUGUUGCCUACAUCACUUUCACAUCUGGAUCUACUGGUACGCCUAAAGGAGUUUGCAUAAAGCACCAAGCAGUGGUCUCGUAUCUCUCAUACGGGCCAGCUCGAAUGGAUGCCCGUCCAGGAAGACGUCACUCACAAAUGUUUUCACCGGGAUUCGACGUGAACCAGGCAGAAAUAUUUGGGACACUCUGCUAUGGCGCUACACUUGUUCUAGCAGAUCCCGGUGACCCAUUCGCGCAUCUAACACGAGUGAAUGCGACCAUGAUCACUCCGUCGUUUUUGUCGGUGUGUGAGCCUGAGCAAUUCUCUAACCUUGACACUAUUCUCUUUGCUGGUGAAGCUGUCCCCCAAGUGCUUGCGGAUCGAUGGGCUGAUACACGAACCGUGUAUAACUCGUACGGACCGUGUGAGUGCACCAUCGGGUGCCUGUUCCAACCUCUGCGUCCGCAUAAGGAAGUGACAUUGGGCCACGCAAUACCUCGAGUGGGUGUCUAUAUCCUUGAUUCGGAAAACCAACCUGUUCCAAUUGGGGUACCUGGCGAGAUUUGCCUGAGUGGUAUUCAAAUCGCCGAUGGCUACAUUGGAGCAGAUAGGCAAGCCUUGUCGGAGUCACGAUUUGUUCCCGAUCCAUUUGUGCCUGGACAACGCAUGUAUCGAACUGGCGAUUGUGCUAUCUGGACAGAAGGCAUGGAGCCAAAGUUCCUCGGACGAUUUGAUAACCAAGUUAAAGUCAGAGGAUAUCGGGUCGAGCUGAAUGAGGUUGAGAAUGUCAUCCGGCUUGUCAAUCCAGCUGUUCGACGAGCAGCGGCCGUUGUCAACAUGGACAAUAUAAUUGCUUACAUUGAGCCUGAUACGGUGGACAUUCCUGCUCUUCAAGCAGCUCUUUCUGCCAAGUUACCCGGGUAUGCCUGUCCUUCCACAAUCUUGGCACUUCCUAGUCUUCCAACAAUGCCGAAUCAGAAGCUUGACCGCAAAGCGCUGCUUUCGAUUUCUCAUACAACACAGCCCAAACCAGGGAGACCAUUAACGAAGAUUCAACUUUUGAUUUCUCAGGCUUGGAGAGAGGCAAUUGGUAUCAGUCAAGAUAUCGAAAUCAAUGCCAAAACCGACUUCCUGGAGCUAGGUGGGAACUCUCUCAGUCAAAUAAAAUUGGCACAAAUUGUUUCGCGCAAACUUAGUUCCAAGUUGCCGUUGAAACUAUUUAUCUGGACCACGGAAUUAUCUGCGCUGAGUGAUGAGAUUGAGAAAUGGUUGGAAUCUGCAGAGAAAUUGUCUCGAGCAAAUUUCAGCAUGGCUUGGAGAGACAUCGAAUCGCCUUUCACCAGCCCAUCGGACUUGGAGAAUGAAUUUGUCUGCCUCUCAUUUGAAUAUCCCCCAGAAACGUUCAAUGUCGGCUAUAGGUUGCAUCUGAGAGGCGAUGUGGACCUUGAAAUCCUCGAGAAUUCGAUUCAGUCUGUCACGUCCCGCGAGCCAGUUCUCAAGAGUCGUUUCUAUGUCAUUGCAGACCAGGUUCUGCGGGGGAAAUCGACCACUGCGUGCGAAAUGUCACGAGGAGAAAUGAGCGACCUUGAUGUUGAAGUUUUCACCAAUCGCGCUUUUGAUCUGUCGGCCGGUCCUCUGACUAGAAUCAAUUUAAGUCAGAGUCCCGAUGGCGUGGAUAUGCUGUUUGUCCAACAUCAUGCUGUGACCGAUAAAGCCGCGAUCCAAAUUCUCUUUCGCAGGAUUCGGGAUGAAUAUUUGAGUGUACUGAAUGGGGAGGCGAGAUUGAACGAAUGUGCAGAGUCCACGCGUUUGCCAGACUAUACAAUUUGGGCUCAGUGGAAAGCUACCCAACCCCAGAUAAGGAUGGACGAUCCAAAUACUGUGUAUUGGAGCUCCCAGCUCUCGAACAUGACUGUCCCAUUAUUCAAGAACCUUGAUGGACAAUCAACCUUUGUUGGACACUCCGAGGCAUUCUCAUUGAAGACAAAUGAAAAAUUUGAGGGCUCAAUGGAGCUGUAUGUUGCGCUGACUGCACUGACUCUUGCGAGAAGUCAGGAAACAAGGGAUAUGGUCAUUGGAAUACCUCACAUCGAUCGCACGGAACCUGGCACAGAAAGUCUACUCGGCGUAUUUUUAGAUAGACUACCAGUGCGACUCAAUGUGGAGUCCACAUCAUUGGCAUUCUUCUCGAAUCUUGUCAGCUCAGCACAAACAUCUAUUCGAGAUGCAUUGGCUUACUCCAUUCCAUUAAAGAGGAUUCGCCAGAUUUUGGACUCGAGUGAGAUAUUCCAGGUCAUGAUUGUGUACAAUCGACGGAAAGACUCGAUUUCUAGCGCAUUUUGCUUGCCAGGUGUGUUUGUGAAGGAAACGACACUAAAACCGACUGGAGCUAAAUUUCCUCUUUUGAUCGAGUUCACUGAAACUGAGGAAUGUACGAUCUGCGAGUUUGAGUAUAUGGAGAAUGUCGUCCAUCCUACCACAGCCGGACACAUUCGAGAGGAGAUGGAGAGACUUGUGAAAGACCUUGGAAGCUGGUUUGGAUUUGGAUCUUGUGAUAAAUAG